AUGGAGCGCUUAUGCCGUCCACAUGACGACGUUAUCGCCCCCGCCCUGCUCGGGGAUUUACUGCUGAUUUGGUUGUGCGCUCGAGCCACAGCCCCUUAUGGUGAAGUUUUCAACAAUCGAGCCCUCCGGGCUCUAUACAUCUGGAUGUUUAUCAGCAAGUUCAUCAAGCUCCUGGGCCACUAUAUCCGAUAUCCUGUGGACUGGAUCCUGUUGCCCGUCUCUAUCCUCUUUGGAUAUUUCCACGGCGCAAUCAAGGUGUAUGCUGUGAUGACAUUGAAUGUGACCACUUGGGGUAGCCGUGACGGUGCCGACGACUACGACGCCGAGCGUAUGAAGAAACUCACCGAUGCCGACCGCAGAAAGCAGCCAUAUUAUCCCAGCUACCUUACCAAUUAA